AUGUCAAACAAUGAAUCGUUGAUUCCAAAGCUUUGGAAAACGCCCAACUCUUCGCCAUCAAGGUCAUCCUCGCAGUCAAAACGUGCGUCCGGAUCGCCAACUUCUCCCUCCCGAAUACCGAUUCUGCCAUCGUAUAAACAGAGAAACAAUGGUGGCAACAUGGCCGUCUAUAGAAACAGAAAUAAAAACACGUCUGUUGAUGAUCAUCUCUCGCUGAUCCAGUCCCACUUGAGUACCGAAGUGGCUGCUGAGCGGGCAUCAAUUGCCAUGGCCAACAAACAGAUUGACCAGCAGCUGGAUUUAAAACGUAAACAUGAGCGCCAUUUGAAGCUAUUACAAAGGGAGUUAAAUAAUGUGAAUGCAAGAUUACAAGAGUAUCAGCUAGGUAUACCGAUUAAGGAAUCGGAGUUGAAGAGUGAAACAGUGAAUGUCGAAAACCAGAUAGACGAGUUGGAAUCCCAAUAUGAACUAAAGAAGAUGGAAAUUACAAAGAAAUUCAUACAUGAUGAGGAGAGAUUUGUAAAAGAUUUGGAUGCCUUAGUGGAAGAUGCCCAAACUGAAGAUUCUCAGGCACGAGAUAUGAAGCUUGCAAAGCUGGAAUUGUUGAAUGAGGAGAAGAAGUCUUUAAUGGAAAAGAUUGGUUUGGCCAAGGGAGCAUUUGCGGAGGAACUGCAAAGUCUCAAGGAGAAAUAUAAAGAUGAGGAGGAUAAACAACGGGCUAAGUUGGGAAAUUUAAAAGAAACGGUCCUUUCAGAGCGCAAGAAAUUACAGAAACAAUACGAUUCUCUAAAGCGUGAAUAUGACGAUUUAAAGGAGAAGGAUAUCUCAACAGACGGAGAAAUCCUUCGUUGCAAAUCAAAUAUAGAAGCAACGGAAAAGUCCAUUCAAGAGCUAAAAUAUAGGUUACUUGAUCUCCGUACGCUAAUUGACCAUCUUCAGUCUGAUCUGGAGACUGCUUCUAGUUUGUGUACCGAGUUUGAGAACGGCGAAUUCCAGUCGACUAAACGUGAGUGGGAGGAAGCCAAUGAUUGUUUGCAACUAGAACGCUACAAGAGGCUAAAGCUAGAAAUCCAAAUUAGAAAUGUAAGUGGAAUACCAAGCAUUCUAAUCAUGGAAUCUAAGCUUAACCAAUCUUUCAAACAAUCUAAAUUAAGGGAAUUUCUCAAACCUGAUAAUUAUGACUGGAAACUGGAAGUACUCACCAACAUGGAAAACUCUUUGAAUGGAAUAUCACAGUCUCUAAUAAUAUGUAACGAAUCGGACACUAAAUUGGCAGAAAUGGCUCAACAGGUUCAAUCACACUUACAAAAAACGGUUGCAAAUAAUGACCGAUUCAAAACUUCUCAAGUUUCAAUCGAAAUCCCUCUAUUGUCUGACUUGAGGAAGACAUAUCCUCAAAUACCAGAUAUACCGACCUCCUACGCAGCAAUAUUGUUGGAUAACCAUAACCCCAUAACAGGGGCAUCUAGAUGCUCUUUAAUAUUUAUGGUGCAUAUUUCAAAAUCAAUUCAACUUUCAGAAUUACCAUUAUUCACAAUAACUCAAACAAAUCUAUGUGCUACAAAUGUUACAGAUUCUUGGGAACCAGAAUUGAUUCGAAUUACUGGUAUACCACCAGUAACCUCAAGGAAAGCUUACGAGUUUCUGAAUUAA